UGCACAAACUAAGGGAAAACAGCUGAACAGCUGAAAUAGUACGGCAUUAAUUCCAUUCCUAUACUGGAUUGGAUACUCGGCCGGAGGUGUAUCUUCCUAAGUAAGUGUUAAAUAUGGCGUCUUGGAUCUCGGCGAGGGUUAUUUUCUAUCCAGUUGCUCAGCGAGCUCUAAAGCAAAUUCUGUUCAGCAGUGAAGUUCAUUCAUUAUACAACUACAAUGUCAGACUAAGCAGGUACUUGUGUCAGCCUCCUGCAGUGACAGUAUCUCCGGUGCGCCGCUACGCGGAGAAGAAGGUCUACGAGAGGACAAAGCCACAUUGCAACGUUGGCACCAUCGGCCAUGUGGACCAUGGCAAGACCACCCUCACUGCAGCUAUCACUAAAGUAUUGGCAGACAAAAAAUUGGCAAAAGCCAGGUCUUACGCUCAGAUCGACAACGCGCCCGAGGAGCAGAAGAGAGGCAUCACUAUCAAUGUGGCGCACAUAGAGUACCAGACAGAUAACCGGCACUACGGCCACACGGACUGUCCGGGUCACGCUGACUACAUCAAGAACAUGAUCACGGGCACGGCUCAGAUGGAUGGUGCCAUACUCGUGGUCGCGGCAACAGACGGAGCCAUGCCACAGACUCGGGAACAUCUGCUUCUCGCCAAACAGAUCGGCAUCAAUCACAUCGUCGUCUUCAUCAACAAGGUGGAUGCUGCCGAUGCGGAAAUGGUGGAGUUGGUGGAGAUGGAGAUUAGAGAGUUGAUGUCGGAGAUGGGCUACGAUGGAGAUAGUGUGCCAGUGAUCAAGGGAUCUGCUCUGUGCGCGUUGGAGGGCAAGAACCCCGAGAUAGGAGCUCAGGCUAUACUGAAGCUGCUAGAGGAGGUGGACAAGCACAUUCCCACACCAGUCCGAGACUUGGACAAACCUUUCCUGCUGCCUGUCGAAACCGUGUACUCUAUCCAGGGGAGAGGCACUGUGGUCACCGGCCGACUGGAGCGAGGGGUCAUCAAGAAGGGUCAGGAUGUUGAGUUUGUCGGAUUUGGAAAAGCACUGAAAUCUACAGUCACAGGUAUUGAAAUGUUCCACCAGAUCUUGGAGGAGGCACAAGCAGGCGACCAGCUCGGAGCACUGGUGCGUGGCCUCAAGCGUGAAGAUAUCAAGCGUGGUAUGAUGAUGGCCAAGCCUGGGACACUCAAGGCACAGGACCACUGUGAGACACAGGUGUACAUGCUGACCAAGGAGGAGGGAGGCAGACCCAGGCCUAUCACUCCACUGUCAAUAGUUCACAUGUACUCCAAGACGUGGGACUCUUCAGUGAAGGUCCACCUAUUCGACAAGGAGAUGGUCAUGCCAGGAGAGGAUGCCAAACUCGAGCUGAGGCUGCAGCGCCAGGUCGUGAUGGAGCAGGGACAGAGGUUCACACUGAGAGACGGCCACUGCACCAUCGGCACCGGAGUCAUCACUAAGGUCCUGCCUAUGCUAACGGAGCAAGAGAAGUCUGAACUGUUGGAGAGCAAGAAGAACCGGGAGAAGAGGCUUGCUGCUGGUGCUGGCAAGGCUUAAGAGUUAGGUUUAGUUGUGCAAGAGACUCUUGAGAAAUUCUGGGCGCAGCCAUGGGCUGUACCCGCUGUCGAGGACCUGAGUGAGUCUGGGCAUUUAUCAUUUGUCCAUCUACCAUUAUAGUAAAACUGUACUGUACUGUAACUUUUUUGUAAAAUAUAACAAUAAUGUUAUUUU